UCAGCCCAUUUCCUCUUACUAUUGGUCUUUCACUAUGGUUUUGACAAGUGCGAAGCGGAGGAUGUUGUCAGGAAAUGCAGAAGAAGAAGAAGGAAGGGAUGACACGUGGUCGGCCCUUCCAACAGAGAUCUUGAACAUGAUAACGUCUCGUCUCAUCUUGGAAGACAACGUUCGCGCCUCGGCUGUCUGCAAGUCGUGGCUUCGGUCUGCUGUCUCGGUUCGGGUAUCGGACCGGCCUCCUUGGCUUAUGUACUUCCCGAAAGCCGGCGACAUGUACGAGUUUUUCGACCCAUCGAGCCUCGAAACCUCCAUCUUGGAGUUGCCCGAGUUGAACGGUUGUCUUGUCCGUUACUCAAACGAUGGUUGGCUGCUUAUGCAAAACCCUAGAUCUGACUCUCUCUUCUUCUUCAAUCCCUUCACUAGAGACCUCAUAGACUUGCCUACUCUCGAGGACACGCCCUUCACCAUCGCCUUCUCGAGCGCUCCUACCUCGGGCAAUUGCUGGUUGUUCACCGGUAGGCCUCUUGAUGUCGGACAGGCGGAGAUCAGCACUCUGCUUGUCGGAAUGGAGACCGAGUGGACAACCGAGUUGUAUGAAACCGAGUUACCAUUCUUCUUCGAAAACCAGAACAAGAUCGUGUUCUCCAAUGACCGGUUCUAUUGCCUCAGCAGCAUAGAUUGGAUAGCGGCUUUCGACCCUUUUCUCCGCUCUUGGGAAAUCCUCAACGUCAACCCUCCGGGUUGCCCUUACAACCAUUACCACACCGAUAAAGGGUGGAGAAAAUUCUUGGCCGAGCACGAAGGGGAAGUCAUUGCCGUCUUCUCAAGAAACGGAAUCAGGAACCCUCAUGUGUACAGGCUGGAUAUGGAGCAUUCGCGUUGGAGAAACACCAAGAAUCUCGAGGGGAUGGCGAUUUUCGCGAGUUCUUUGUCGUCCCAAACGAGAAGCAAUGUGGCCGGACAAAUGAGAGGCAAUGUCUGUUUGGCGAAUCCUGGUUACUUCAGGAGCCGACGCCUUCCAUGGUCGGCUGAUGCAGACGACGUUGACAAUGGCUGCUUAGAACAAUGGCCUUACUCUUUUAUUUGGAUCGAUGCCCCUAAAAACUUCUGAGCGAUUUAUCUCAAGAAGAAGAAGAAGAAACUAUUAUUACAGUCUCCCAUGUUUCAGUUAAUUUCUGUCGGAUUAUUUACAUUUCCAGUUCUUGUUUUUACUGUUAUUUCGGAUUCUCUGUCUUU